UUAUCGGUUAACCACUCAAUCGCAUCUAUCGCUCUCUUCCGCAGAAUUCGCCCACAUCCCCUGAUUCCUUUCGAUCAUCCAAUUUACGUUACUUGAUCACCAUAAUCUAUCAUCUCAUGGAAAUAUUUAUUAAUCGCAAGAAAGGAGGAACACAAUCCAUCAACCAUUGUCCAUCGGAAAUUAAAGUGCCAUUGAAAUGGACACAGGUACAACAUGGUGUUCACACCUUUCACGGGAGUGGAUAAUCACCAUAAAUGCGUGAUGUUCGGGGCUGGUCUACUUCGCACCGAAGACAUAGAAUCUUACACAUGGGUGUUCCGCCAAUUUCAAGAUGCAAUGGAUCACGACCCCAAAUGCAUCAUAACAGAUCAAGACCCAUCCUUGCAUACAGCUGUCAGUGAGGUAUUCCCACAUACUACCCAUCGCUAUUGUAUGUGGCAUAUCACUAAAAAAUUAGGAGGCAAAGUUGGAGAACCUCUAAAUAAGGAUACCAAGUUCUUGACUAGAUUCAAUGAAGUUGUUUGGAGCCAUUAUCUCGAUCUGGUUGAGUUUGAGAAUCAGUGGCACGAGGUCAUGAAUGAUUAUGAUUUGGUCAGCCAUAAAUGGUUCAUCAAGUUAUUUGAAAUUCGAAAGUCUUGGAUCCCAGCAUAUUUUAGAGAUUUAUUUAUGGCUGGUUUAUUGAGAACGACUUCACGUUCCGAGAGUGAGAAUAGCUUCUUCGGGGAGUUCUCUAACCAAAAUUUUAGUCUUGUAGAGUUUUUGAUGCAAUUCGAAAGUGCUAUGGAUGCGCAACGCCACAGGAAUGCCUUACUGAACGCUGAAACUGAGUCUUGCACACCAGUAUUCAAAACCCCUUUGGCUAUUGAGAGGCAUGCUGCUUCCAUAUACACACUGACUGUGUUUUAUAAUGUUCAGAAAGAGAUUUGUGCUGCAUGUUUUUCUUGUUCUGUCGCACACGUGGAUGACGUUGAGGAUAAAGUUCAAUAUACUAUCAAGGACAUGAGAGGUAUGUUGUUCAUUGUCAUGUAUUCUUCUGACACGGGCUGUGCAUCUUGUUCCUGCAAGCAUUACCAGCGUAUUGGGCUCCUAUGUAGGCAUAUAUUUGUUGUGCUUCAAGCUAUGGGCUGCCAUAACAUUCCAGAGUUGUACGUUUCCAAAAGAUGGUGUAAGAAUGACAUUGUGUAUCGUUCCGUUGGUACAACUACAGCUGAUUAUGAAAAGGAUUACAUACGAGAAANUCAAGGACAUGAGAGAUUUGGCCUCAUCAAAAGAGUCAACAACCCAGACGCAUAUAACAACAUCAGAACAGCAAAGAGUCGCAGGAGAGAUUACAGAUGGCCGUUCAAAUCUCCCGAGGUAAUUAACCUGCAGAGUUCAUAUGUUCUUUCUAAACAGAGAUUAAUCCUUCCGGGUCAGAAAGGGAACACCUCUCCAUGGCCUAGCAAGAACAUCAGAUUCAAAUUCAGAAUACUUAAUAAGGUAUUUGAGCUAUUCUAUUCUUUCUACAAUAAGGUCUUCAGUAUUACCGAUAGGGGGAGAAGAAGUUUCCAUGUAUGGUUUGACUCUGAUUCACUCAAUUGGGUAUUGGAAUCUCUUCCUAGACUGGUUUCCGGUUCUACUUGGGCCUGUGUUAAAGUGGAUGUUAAGAGAACACUUGAAAUUGCUAUUGGCUCUAAUCGUAGGGGGGAUUACAUUCGGAUUUUAGAAGCUAGAAAAGAAGGUAACAGGUUCAUUCAUAUCCCCUUUGGAGUUCAUAAUGACGGGCCUAGUCUGUUCUUUAAGGCUCUUUUAUCCUUUGUUGAGAGAGCUCGGUGUUUAAACAAGGAUAAGGGGUUCGAGGUUUUAGGGGAAGCAGUAGGAGCAUCAACGGCUUUAGAUUUAGAGGUUUCUGGCUUGGGAGAGAAUGUGUCUGGUCCAGUACACACUUGUGUAGAGAUUCCUACACCUGCUUCUAAAGACACUCUAUUCCUUGAGCAACCAUUGCAGGAUCUUAAGCUAAGCUCUAAUAUACACAACAACGAACUUGAGAAUGACAAAAGAGCUCAACCUUUGGAAGGGCAGUAUCCACAGCCUAGAAACACCUCUGAUCUUUGUUCUGGCAGUAUCCAAAAGAGCUCGGGUGAACUGGUUUUGCAUAAGCAAAAGGAGUACUUUGUUUUGGCAGACUCUCUUUCCUCAUACAACACUCAAUACCUCCAGCUUCCUAGAGUGUGUCUAUCCCCAUUUGCUACUGAGUUCAUCCCACUUAAGCCCAACUCCUUUGCAGCUCUCUUCGAUCAUGUUCAUGACCUGGGAGAUGGCAGCCCAAACGAGGAAGAUGGAGUUGACAAGUUUGAUGAUGGGAACAUGGUAUUAAGUAACAAUGCACUAGAAGACAUCCGGGAAGAAAGAGAGGGGCCUAUUCUAUAUACGCACUCAGAAGGAGAAGACAAGGCCUUCAAUGACAACAUACUCAAACCUCUUCAAAUAGAUUACUCCAGGAUGUUCAAAACACCUUUCGAUUUGGGGAGAGAAUUCAAGGGUAGGCAUACCUACUCUCCUUCUCAAAUAGUUACUCGAAGUAAGGCGAAGAUUUUGGAAGAAGGAAGAAAGAAAUCCCCAUUGGUAUGGGAGGUCAGAUCAGAGGGUUCUGAGAUAAACUUGGCAGAAGAUAUUAGGAACUUUUUCAAGGAAUGCUGUCCAAACAAACCUGAAUUAGCAACCAGGAAGCAGUCCACAAUCAAGUCUUUAACCAAAAACCAAAAGAAAAAGUCUAAAAAGAAACUUAAGAAGAAAUUGGCAGGAGGGCAGGAAAAGGAAUAUUCUGAUUAAUCUUGAAUGGUUUUAGGGUUCUGUUAAUUUAGGCUUUUUACUAUUGUGCUCCUUGGCAUAUGGUUUUAGAACAGGUUGUCUUCCGUGUGUUUUUGUUUGCUCUCAAAUGGCCUCUUGGUGAAAUCUGUGCAAUUACUCCUUGUGUUUGGAUUUCUAUUUGGCAUGCUCUAUUGGGUCAGGUAUACACGGCAUACUGAGGUAUU